AUGCUGCUCUCCGUUCAGCCAAGGACAGCGAUCAACCCCUACAGCGACUUCCACAGCAGAACCAGCAAAAAGCAGUCCUAUGUGUCCCCCGGCCACCAGAUGGCGCCCCCCAGUCCCAACACCAGCAGCAGUAACAGCAGCAGCGGCGGGGAACAGCUGAGCAAGACCAACCUCUACAUCAGGGGCCUUCAUCCAGGGACCAGCGACCAGGACCUGGUGAAGCUCUGCCAGCCGUAA